AUGCAGGCCUAUCUUCAAUAUCGACGCAUCGGCCACGCCGUGCGCAGGCAGCUCGAAGAAGAGUAUCCGGGCUUUUCCCGAGCAGAAAAGACCGAUGAUUUGAUCGGCGGCGAUGUCACGAGCAACGACACCCAGCGGCACCCACAGUACAGUCAAUUGCCUGGCGUGCAGCUGAAGGAGAUUGUCGACGACGAUGGAACCACCUCCUCCAUUCUCCUCGUCGAAUGGGAACACGACCACGACCCCAUCAAUCCACGCAACUACAGCCUCGCCGCGCGGAUCUCGGCGACCCUGCUCGUGACUGCGCUGGCGUUCGCUGUGGGAUGUGCGUCGUCAAUUGAGUCAGGGGUCAUGCCUCAAAACGCCGCUGCGUUCCAUGUCAGUGAUGUCGUUGCCUCUUUGGCAACGGGCAUGUACCUGCUUGGGUUCGCCGCUGGGUCCAUGGUGUCUGGUCCUCUGUCCGAGGUCGUUGGCCGCAAUGCCGUGUACACGGGGUCUCUCACCCUGUUCAUGAUUUUCAUCAUGGCCUCUGGGUUGGCGCCGAAUAUCGGGGCGCAGAUCGUGUUUCGGUUUCUGGCUGGCGUGUUCGGCUGUCCUCCGUUGACUUGCGCCGGAGGGACCAUCGCUGAUCUGUGGAAUCCGUUGGAAAAGACACUCACCUUCCCUCUCUAUGCGAUCUUGUCGUUUGGCGGGCCUGUGCUCGGUCCGGUGAUUGCAUCGUACAUGGGCGAGGGCACGCUCUCCUGGCGGUGGACCAACUGGAUCAUCCUGAUUCUCUCAGGGUUCAUCUUUGCAUUAAUCCUUCUGUUGCAGCCGGAAACGUAUGGCCCCAUGCUACUCAAAUGGAAGGCGCGUCAUCUCCGGAACCUCACGGGCGAUCCGCGCUACAAGUCCUCCAUGGAUCUCCAGAAGACCGCGCUCCUGUCCAGAAUCAGCAACGCAUGCAUCCGACAAUUCAGUCUCACCAUCCACGAGCCCAUCAUUCUGCUGAUUUCCCUCUAUAUGACCGUGAUCUACAUCGUGCUGUUCACCUUCUUCGACGGCUACACCUACAUCUUCUCCGACAUCCACGGCCUCUCGCAGGGUCUCACCAACAUCGUCUGGGUCGCGAUGUACGUGGGGAUCUGCCUCGCGGGGUUAUUUCAACAGCCCCAACCCAUCCCUGAUGAAAAGCCUCACCACCACCACGCCCCGCGCCCCGAGAACCGGCUCUGGUUCGCCAUGAUCGGCAGCCCGUUCAUCCCCGUCAGCCUGUUCUGGAUGGGGUGGACCUCGUACUCCAGCGUGUCGGUGUGGUCGCCGAUCGUGGCCUCGGCCGUGUUCGGCUUCGGCACCAUCACGGUCUUCAUCUCGUCGUACAUGUACGUCAUCGACGCGUACGACAUCUACGCCGCGUCGGCGCUGGGCUUCAUGACCGUCUCGCGCUACUGCGCCGCCGGCGGGAUGACGGUGGUGGGCGUGCCGUUCUACCAGAACAUGGGGGUGCAUUGGACGCUGACGAUCCUGGGGGCGAUCAGUGCGCUGAUGGUCCCCGUGCCGUAUGGGUUUUACCGGUGGGGGGUGAAGAUCCGCGGGUGGAGUCGGUUUGCGGUUUAG